AGAAGAUCAUGGCCACCUCACGCGUUGUCCUCCUUCUCCUCCUUCUCCAUUCAGGUGCAGCUUUGGAGAUCCGGGGUCCUAGCACUCAUCAGGCUACAGUCGGCUCCGCUGCUCUCAUUCCCUGUCACUACACAGUACAGAAACCUCCAGUGGAUCCCAAAUUUUUUGCAGCGUUUUGGCACUUCCAGGGAAAAGAAAUUCUGAGUUAUGAUGAUGAAGUAAGAACAACGGAUGCCAGAUAUUCUCUGAACUUAGAGAAAGCACUGAAUGGAGAGGUGGAUCUUUCUAUAUCGGAAAUAUUCCUAUCAGACGCAGGGGUCUACACCUGUACAGUGAUCUACAGCCCAGAGCGGGGGCAGAAGGACAUCACACUGCACAUCACAGUUCAGACAGCUCGGCCGCAGAUUGUGAUCACUGAAUAUAAUGUUACUAUAGACAAGAAGAGCGUCCUGCGCUGCUCCGUCACUGGAUUCCACCCUAUGGACAUUGAUAUUGAAUGGUUCAGGGGCACGGAGCGGAUGACUGAUGUUACUAUAGAUAAGCCCUGGAGGAAUUCAGACGGAACGUACAAUGUGAACAGCACCGUGGUCAUAAUCCCCGCCGAUGAGGAGAAGGAGCGGAUCUUCUCAUGUAGGGUCCGACAUGAAUCUCUACCAGAGCCUCUCCAGGAAGACUUCCAGCUGACAUAUGGAGAUAAAAAUGUGAUGUCGCCGAAUUAUAUCCUUCUUAUCUCAAUCGUGGCAGUUCUGGGGAUUCUGAUUCCAAUUAUUGCAGUUAUAGUCGUAUGCUGCAUACGCAAAAAAAUAAGAACGCCUCAUCCACAGAGCGGUGCUGUUCCUCUAACCAGUCCAAAUAUAUCUACCACGGGGAGUGACAAAAGCACGGGCUCGCCACCGGUGACAGGAACGCCUCAUCCACAGAGCGGUGCUGUUCCUCUAACCAGUCCAAAUAGAUUUACCACGGGGAGUGACAGAAGCACGGGCUCGCCACCGGUGACAGGAACGCCUCAUCCACAGAGCGGUGCUGUUCCUCUAACCAGUCCAAAUAGAUUUACCACGGGGAGUGACAGAAGCACGGGCUCGCCACCGGUGACAGGAACUCGGCCUGACCUCCAGAUUGGAGAAAUAACGGUACCGGAGCUGAUACUGAAUAAGAGAGCCACGAUGGAGUGUGCACUACAUAAUUACGAUAAUGGCAAACACGACAUAACAUGGUAUGAAAAGAAGCCCGAAACCGAGGAACCAAUACCUGCAAAUGAUCAACGAAGGUUCCAAACCAUAGGCCUCCAAGAAGAAUCAGACCAUGGCCUCACCUGUAAAGCCUAUCUACAUCUCACCUCAGUAAAAUCAUCAGAUGAUGGAGCAGAAUAUAUCUGCAGAGUGACGCCCUCAAGGUCUGGGGAGAUGAUUGAGAGGAGAACAGGGAAACUGUCCGUGACUGAACAAAGACCAUCACACAAUGAUAAAAGUCCAGAAAAAGUCCCUUCCCCAAAGUUACCAGAAGAUCAAGCAGAAGCAUAUGACCAGAGACAGACAACACAUAACGAGACCGUAGAAGAGAGACAUAUACAGGAGCCGAGGUGGGAGGACAGAGAAGGCUUGUGUCCAGUCAAUGGAUCAAUUCAUGAAGAAGAGAAGCAGAAAAUGCCGGCACCAGAUCAUAACGUGGAAAAAGAAAGUGAUGAAUUGGGGGAAUACGAUAACAGUGAAGGUACAAGGACAAAUGGAAAUAUCAGAGCAGUGUGUCCAGCUAAUGAAGCACCUGGAGAAGAAAGGACUGAAGGCCAUUCACUACCCACCAAUGAACUAUCUCAUGGAAAGAAGACUGAUGACUUAGAGGAAUGUUCUACCGGUGAAGACGAAGAAGAACUGGACCAGAAGAAAGAGAAGGAAGAAACAUCACAUCUCCUCAAUAAACCAAUUGAUGAGGAAGAAUUAUCAUCAUUAUCAGAGGAGGAGGACAAUGAAGAGACUUCACUAAUGAACACCAAACUUGACACUGGAUUAGAUAAGAGUUCAUAUUAAAAAAAGAGUAAAAAUGAAUAGUGAUGGAGUCUACAUAGACAAUCGGUUGAAGAUGAGACUAAGCUGCUAAACAAUACAAAAUCUGAUUAACCACUUCAUUACGGACCAAAUGUGUCACUGAGCAUGCGCUGAGUACCGCGGACGGCCUGCGCGAGAUUUCACCGAGCGGACGCAAGGAAUCUGUGGGAGUAGUUACAUCCAAAUAAUCAUAUAGCGGAGGGGGGGGGGGGGGGCGGCUGUGGCACAGAGAUCGGGUGUCGGCAGUUACUUACGCUGGAAGAGGCGUGCUUGGGCUCUAAAGGAAGGCGGGCUGGGCACUGUACGGGGGAGUUCCUGGGCUCCAGAUUAGGAUAAUAACGCCCCUCUGGGCACCUUGGACACUCAGUUGCAUAACAUAAAAAG